UGUGCACCGGGCCUAGCGCUGGAUUCAAGUUCUCAAGACGUUCUGUUCACUUUCGCCCCCCGCCGGGAACUGGGAACUGGGAACUGGAACUUCAAACGGGCUGGAGGACCGAUUACCGAUUGUUGUUUCAACGCAGCCACACUGGUCCAUUACAUAUAUCGUCACCACCCUCUUCUUCUUCCUCGAUUUUCUUAUACCUCUAUUCAACCAGAACAUCCAAACAUACAACUCUUAUCUGAGGGACAAGAGACACAGAUCAACUCCAAGUCACCUUCGCUGUUGCCACCAAAGCCAAAUCUUGUCGCAACUCCUCCCAGCGACUGCACUGCCAAUCCACUAUCACCGCCUCUCAGCCCGGUGAGCUACAUAUCUGCUCUUUCGCACAAUCCACACACAACAGACCCAACAUGUCGACGUCGCCAACGGCCUCUGCGCCAUCACGGCCCUCUUCUUCGCGCGCAUCUUCGCGCGCUUCGUUGAAGCUUGAUCUAUCCAGCCUACCGCCCCUCACCCAGCCAGUCACACCGACGAACACCCUUCUGAUCACAAACCUCGACGACCUCGAGAUCUUUCGCCCGGACAACCUACAGACAAUCAGGGAUCUAAUCUGCCAAACAGCACCAGUAAACUCCUGGUCGCCCCUGAAGUCCUUCCGCCGCAUCGUGUGCUCCUUCGCCGACGAGCAGGCCGCUAUCAAGGUCCGCUCGGUCUGGGAUGGCGAAGCAGUCAUGGGCAAGCGCUGCCGCGUCUACUUUGGCCAGCACACACCACUGAACAUGACACAAGACAAGCACUUGGCUCUUCCUGAUGCCGGCAAGCUAUUCUUCAUCAGCCCGCCCCCGUCGCCGCCUUGUGGCUGGGAGAUGCGCAUGGAGGAUGCGCCUAAUAAGCAGGUCCAUGCUGAGGAUCUAGCCGAUGCCCUGGCGAAGUUGCACCAUCGGAAUGUCGCCCCUGUGGAUACGCCAAUCUCACCGGUCGAGGGAGCUUCGGCGCCGACGAGGAGCCGCAGCAGCACAUUGAUUUUCCAGCCUAACGAGCCAAUGGCCGGCAGCCCAGCCUUGCCAUGCAUCGCCGUGGACGACAUGACGGAUGAGCCUACGGAGAUGAGCCCAAGCCCCAUGGGAUCGGAGAAGCCGAUCCUGGCACAUACCUCGAGACCGCCAGUUGAGCUCAUGCAGGAGUAGGGAUUUGGCGGGAGUCGGGUCGCAUUUGUCUUCAUAUUUCUUGCAUGUUAGGCGUUGGGGUAUUACACAAAGAUGCAUGCAUCUUCUUCUUUGCAUCUACAUUUAGCCAUACAGGACGUUGGCGAAAGGGGACCAGCCGUUCGGCAUUUACGAAAAGCGAAACACAUUUAUAAAGAGGGUUAGGAUGCAUUCAUUGUAAGAUCAGGUUGCUUGUAUCAAUAGUGUCAAUUCCGCCCAUGUGGGCACAAUACCAGAAAUGAUUACUCUGAA